AUGGAUGUGGUACCCCCAUAUUGGCCUUACCAGCUGGUCAACAACGACACAGAAAUCCGUGGCAGGGGGGUGGGGGAUGCAAAAGCGUGUGUUGCGGCUCAGAUGGUUGCUAUGGAAGAGCUGUUGGCCGCCUCUUUGAUCAAGCUUGGGGAUAUCUCGUUACUGUUCGUCGUGGGCGAAGAAACUGAAGGCGACGGCAUGAUACAUGCAAACCAGCUCGGUUUGAGCUGGGAUACAGUGAUUUUUGGAGAGCCGAACCAGGGAACUCAGCCAAAUGGGCACAAGGGAGUCCUUAAUAUGCGAUUGUCCGCGACUGGAAAAUCGGCUCACUCGGGUUAUCCUGCACUUGGUGAAUCUGCGAUUGACGAGUUGCUCUCUGGUCUACGCGAGCUACACCAGUUGCAGCUCCCUUCAAGUGCUCGGUUUGGAGAGACGACUAUGAAUAUAGGGCGAAUUAGUGGAGGCGUCGCUCCCAACGUCAUUCCUUUCUCUGCUGAAGCUGAGAUUAUGUUCCGAGUCGCUGGUGGUACAAUAGAGCAGUUGAAAGAAAUGAUCGAAGGGGCUUUGAAUACAUCGGGUAAUCUUGGUACGGAUCUGACGCGUGAGCCCGUUCGGAUUGAGUGCGAUGUACCUGGAUUUGACAUAAUAGUGGUCAGCUAUGGGACUGACAUUCCCGAUCUGAAGGGUAAUCAUAAGACCUACCUGUAA